UUCUCAUUUUGUGUUAGAACAUUUUAUAGAACAUUUAAAAAUCUCCACAUGAAUUCUGUAAAAGUCGAAAGACUACAUCUAAGAAAUCUACAUUUCCAGCACACGGUGUAUCCCAUCCUCUAUUCCCCAAUCUACUGUAUGUCAAUGAGGUUGUAUUUUGAACUAUUUCCUCAUUCUAUACUCCUCCACUCAGUAUAUCUCAUUUUGAGUAAGCAGGUGUCCCAGGAAUGAUGACGAUCUUCGAUUAUCUGUUACUGCUGUCUUGGUUACUGCUGUCUUGGUUACUGCUGUCUUGGUUACUGCUGUCUUGGUUACUGCUGUCCCUUUUUUUAGGUGUUCUCUUUGAAUAUUUUACCACACUCUGUUCCCCUCUCCAAGUUUCUCCAGUGUCCUGUGGGUCCAAGAAUAUCUCUUCAUAUUACGGACACUGUGUCACAUCCCAAGAGGGAGUCCGUGAAUUAGUUUGCUUUGUACCUCUGGGCUUAAGUAGGAAUGGCUGGGAAUGUGUGUGGACACCGAGAAAGCAUCUUGUCUACCAAACACACAGAUACACACUCAUCAUAGAACAGAAAAUUAUUCACUUUUGCAAAAUGUACGCAAACAUAUCAGGGACAUCUCAGACUUUUAAUCUGUCUAAAAAGCGCAACAUGACGGCUCAUGUGUUUGACGAGAGUGAUCCGAAGAGCUGCACAAAGAACGUUUUCAGAGGUUCACCUCAACAAUUGGUUCGAUGCGGCCCUCCAUCUAACGUCGACUUAAAUCGCCAUUCAAGACAGCUGGACAUCCAGGCCUCCUGGAGGAAGGAGGAGAGCAAAUAUAUUGCGCUGUACUCUGUGAGGUACAAGGACCUGAAGAGCCAGUCAUGGAAAGAGCCACCAGGGCAAUCCAAGGAUAGCAAUAGGUGCACUCUGGGUAAUCUUAACUCCUCACUGUCCUAUGUGGUGCAAAUACAGUGUGUGGCCAACGACAAAUGUACCCAGUGCCCCUGGAGCAAGAAUUUCACUGUUCCACCUGAACUUACUGAUAAGCCUGUCAUUGAGAUGGUAGAAGAUUUUCCACAAACCAAAGGAAGUAGAUUAGUGAUCAUAAAAUGGAAGUUUGCAGCCAGUGAGUUAGCGGAGGGCUACAGUGUGACAGUGGGGAAGGCCUCAGGAGAGGACCCCAUUGAGGCCUUCAAAACCAGCAGGACCCUACUCCGACUGGCCCUGUCUCACUCAGCCUACCACCUCACCAUCACAGCCUUCAACAAGGCAGGGAACUCACCUGCAGCACAAAGGACUAUACCUCCACUGGACGACAAAGACUUAUACGGGAGGCUGAAUGUGACAUUCAAUGGCAACACGUCCUUCACUGUCUCCUGGGUGGACGACCUGAUCAAAACCUACUCCUGCUUCUCAGUGGAGUGGUGGACGAGAGGAGAGCAAGCUGCUCACAAGUCCUUCUAUGAGGAUGAGAACAACUAUGAAGUCAUACACUUGGAGGAGCCAUUCGAGCUGUAUAAGAAGUACACCUUCACUCUGCACACAAGGCCACAUAAAGAACCCUGCAACCUGAAGUUCAUCAACAACAGCGAGAGCACCUAUGGGAGCAUCCAGUCCUUCUUCGCUGAAGGAUCCCCCAUCAGUGCCCCAGGGAACAUCAGCAGCAGUAAUGUUAGCCAGAGUUCCAUGGUGCUGGAGUGGACAGCUGUCCCCGAGGAGGACAACAGAGGUUUCCUGCUGGGCUACUUCCUCCAUUACACAGAGAGGCUGCAGGACUGGACAGAUACUGAACCAAACAUCACUGUGGAUGCUGGUUCAACCAGCUAUGAGUUGGUAGACCUACAGAGCAGUACUGUAUACCGGGUCCAGUUGUCUGCCUUCACUGGUGCAGGAAUGGGAGUGAGAAGCUCGGCUGCAUACUUUGAAACCAAACCUGAAGCAUCCCUGACUGUGAGUGGUGUGAUAGCGGGGGCCAUUGUUGGAGUAACUUUACUCUUACUGGUGGUUCAUCUCGGCUCUCAGUUGUUAAAAAGAGCAAAGAAACUACUUUGGCCGAAUAUCCCCAAUCCAGGUAACAGCAAUGCCAUCCAGAAAAUAGAUGGGGUCUGCGAUCUGGAACUCCUGGAACUCAUCAACCGACAGAUGUUGAAGGAAGAAGAGGGGGACUCCAACAGUCUACACAUUGUCAAUGGAAGAGAAGAAAUGUCUCCUGUUGGCAACCUCCAUCGCAAUGCUGACUCAUGUCUACACCUCAACACAGACCAUGGGGAGAGCCAAGGGCCUUCUCUGUCAACCAUAGCCACAGACAGAGCUCAAGAUCCAACUUCUGACACCAUUGCAUCUAUCCCCACAGACAUGAGACAGACCGACCCUGUCCUCAUCAGUACGGUGGCCCACCAGUGCCACCCGUUGGCCUUUCUAAGUGACUACACCACCAUGGAACUCUUCCAACAGGCUAUGCCACACUGUGUUCCAACCAAUACGUCGUCAUCAUUGGAAUCCCAGGAUCAGUCAAGCCAGAUCAGUCAAGCCACAUCAGUCUAGCCAGAUCAGUCAAGCCAGAUCAGUCAAGCCACAUCAGUCUAGCCAGAUCAGUCAAGCCACAUCAGUCAAGCCACAUCAGUCUAGCCACAUCAGUCUAGCCAGAUCAGUCAAGCCAGAUCAGACAAGCCAGAUCAGACAAGCCAGAUCAGACAAGCCACAUCAGUCAAGCCAGAUCAGUCAAGCCAGAUCAGUCAAGCCAGAUCAGACAAGCCAGAUCAGUCAAGCCAGAUCAGUCAAGCCACAUCAGUCAAGCCAGAUCAGUCAAGCCAGAUCAGACAAGCCAGAUCAGUCAAGCCAGAUCAGACAAGCCACAUCAGUCAAGCCAGAUCAGUCAAGCCAGAUCAGACAAGCCACAUCAGUCAAGCCAGAUCAGUCAAGCCAGAUCAGACAAGCCAGAUCAGACAAGCCACAUCAGACAAGCCAGAUCAGUCAAGCCAGAUCAGUCAAGCCAGAUCAGUCAAGCCAGAUCAGACAAGCCAAAUCAGACAAGCCAGGCCAGAGUUAGAUUACAUCCACCAGACCCAAGGCAGCACCAGUCCAUCUCUGAACACUAAGGUGUAUACCAUGGUUCUUUGAGAAUGUUUACUGUAGAUUCUAGAAUCUGCUUUUCUCACUGAGAUGCUGUGCAACCAUUCUAGGCCUUUCUCUAUGUAAACAGAGCCACCGGCUGCCAUCAGUGUCACCCUGUUAACUAGCAUAUUCUUAUGUGUUUGAGCGGUUCUGGACUGGUUCCGACUGACAUUUUGGUGUAAAAAGCUCUCUGUUAACGCCGUAGGGUCCCGUGACAAUUAAUUCAAAAAACCCUAAUCUGCCUGUUCUCCGUAUCCACUCUCUAAGCAGAGCUGACUUGAAGCGUCAGGUUUCAGACCCCAUAGUUGCAUAGGCAGUGAGGUGUUACAUUUCUGGCCUAUUCAAACAAUGAAUUGAUUAUCUCUUCCCCUGAGCCCAGCUUGGGAGAUGGCAAAUGAACAGUGGACAGUCUAGCGAGGCCAUCCAUUGUGGAUUCAUCUCACUGUGAUAUUCUCAGACGGAUUUAGCGCUCUCAACACGAUGGGAUUGUCAUAACUCUGGAACGAGAAAAUGUUUAAUGAUGUAGGGGAACUCAUAACAAACUCAAGCUUAAUUGGGUUGAGAUCUGGUGACACACCCUUUAAAACACCCUAUGCUCCUUUGAGACCCCUCUUACAAAGUCACUGAGAUCUUGUCUUCUAGGCAUGGUAGCCAAAAUAAUGGCCAACUGGACAUUUUUAUACAUGACCCGAAGCAUGAAAGGAUGUUAAUUGCUUAAUUAAGUCAGAAUCCACACCUGUGAGGAAGCACCAGCUUUCAAUAUACUUUGAAUCUCUCAUUUACUUCAUUUUGGCAGUUACAUGUAGAUACACUAUAUAUACAAAUGUAUGUGGACACCCCUUCAAAUUAACGUGAUUUGUCAUUUCAGCCACACCCGUUGCUGACAGGUAUAUAAAAUCGAGCACACAGUUAUGCAAUCUCCAUUGACAAACAUUGUCAGUAGAAUGGCCUUACUGAAGAGCUCAGUGACUUUCAACGUGGCACUGUCACAGAACUGGUGGCAUAGCCACCUUUCCAACAAGUCAGUUUGUCAAAUUUCUGCCCUGCUAGAGCUGCCCUGGGCCAACUGUACGUGCUGUUAUUGUGAGGUGGAAACGUCUAGGAGCAACAACGGCUCAGCCGCAAAGUGGUAGGGCACACAAGCUCACAGAAGGGGACCGCCGAGUGCUGAAGUGCUGUUGAACAGAACCGCUGAGUCUAAGGUACUGCAGUGCUUGAGGUGUCACUACAGACCCGGGUUCAAUCCCAGGCGGUGUCAUAGCCGACCGGGAGGCCCGUGAGGCGGUACACAAUCCCAUCGCGCUCUAGCGACUCCUUGUGGCGGGCCAGGUCCCUACAAGCUGACUUGGGUCGCCAGCUGGACAGCGUUUCCUCUGAUACGUUGGUGCGGCUGUUUUCCGGGUUAAGUGAGCAGUGUGUCAAGAAGCAGUGCGGCUUGGAGGGUCGUGUUUGGGAGGAUGCAUGGCUCUUGACCUUUGCCUCUCCCGAGUCCGUAAGGGAGUUGCAGCGAUGGGACAAGACUAUAACUACCAAUUGGAUACCAAAGAAUUGGGGAGAAAAAGGGGGUAAAAGUACAACAACAACAAAAAAUAGAUGUACUUCCUCGGUUACGAGUUCCAAACUGCCUCUGAAGGCAACAUCAGCACAACAACUGUUUGUCGAGAGCUUCAUGAAAUGGGUCUCCAUGUCAGAGCAGCCGCAGAGUACGUCGGCUGGAGUGGUGAAAAGCUUGCCGCCAUUGGACUCUGGAGCAGUGGAAACGCAUUCUCCGGAGUGACGAAUCACGCUUCACCAUCUGGCAGUCUGACGGACAAAUCUGGGUUAGGCGGAUGCCAGUAGAAUGCUACCUGCCCGAAUCCAUAGUGCCAGCCUUAAAGUUUAGUGGAGGAGGAAUAAUGGUCUGGGGCUGUUUUUCAUGGUUCGGGCUAGGCCCCUUAGUUCCAGUGAAGGGAAAUCUUAAUGCAACAGCAUACAAAGACAUUCUAGAUGCUUCUGUGCUUCCAACUUUGUGGCAACAGUUUGGGGAAGGCCCUUUCCAGUUUCAGCAUGACAACGCCCCCGUGCACAAAGCAAGGUCCAUACAGAAAUGGUCUGUUGAGAUCUGUGUGAAAGACCUUAACUUGACAGGCCUGCACAGAGCCCUGACCUCAACCCCAUCAAACACCUUUUGGAUGAAUUGGAACACCGACUGCGAGCCAGGCCUAAUCGCCCAAAAUCAGUGCCCGACCUCACUAAUGCUCGUGGCAGUAAUGUUCCAACAUCUAGUGGAAAUCCUUCCUAUAAGAGUGCAGGCUGUUAUAGCACCAACUCCCUUUUAAUUCCCAUGAUUUUGGAAAGAGAUCUAUCUAUUUGAAUAUUGAUGGUUGUCUCGCAAUGAUCAAAAACCUAUUUCAAUUUUUUAAAUUGUAUUUUUAAUUUUACCUUUAUUUACCAGGCAAGUCAGUUAAGAACAAAUUCUUAUUUUCAAUGACGGCCUAGGAACAGUGGGUUAACUGCCUGUUCAGGGGCAGAAAGACAGACCUUGUCGGCUCAGGGGUUUGAACUUGCAACCUUCCGGUUACUAGUCCAGCGCUCUAACCACUAGGCUACCCUGCCGCCCCAGAGGUUAAAGAAUUUUGAAAUUAAUAAAUGGGCAAAUUUUGCAGGUGUGAAAAGCUCUAAGAGAGUUACCCAGAAAGACUCCCAGGUGUAAUCUUUGCCAAAGGUGCUUCUACAUAGUAUUGACUCAGGGGUGUGAAUAGUUACAGUACCAGUCAAACGUUUGGACACACCUACUCAUUCAAGGGUUGUUCUUUAUUUUUUACUAUUUUCUACAUUGUAGAAUAAUAAUAAUCAGAUGACCUGGCCUCCACAAUCACCUGACCUCAACCCAAUUGAGAUAGUUUGGGAUGAGUUGGACCGCAGAGUGAAGGAAAAGCAGCCAACAAGUGCUCAGCAUAUGUGGGAACUCCUUCUAGACUGUUGGAAAAACAUUCCAGGUGAAGCUGAUUGAGAGAAUGCCAAGAGUGUGCAAAGUUGUCAUCAAGACAAAAGGUGGCUACUAAUCUAAAAUAUAUUUUGAUUUGUUUAACACUUUUUUGGUUACUACAUGAUUCUAUAAUAUGUGUUAUUUCAUAGUACAAUGUAGAAAAUAGUAAAAAUAAAGAACAACCCUUGAAUGACUAGGUGUGGCCAAACUUUUUUUGACUGGUACUGUAUGUUUGAUAUAUUUCUCGUAAAAUAAAAAAAUAAAACAAUGUUUUCACUUUGUGUUUAUGGGGUAUUGUGUGUAGAUGGGUUAGAAAAAAAAUCUAUUGAAUCCAUUUUGAAUUCAGACUGUAACACAACAAAAUGUGGAAUGAGUCAAGGGGUAUGAAUACUUUCUGAAGGCACUGUAUGUAUUUAUUUAUCCAGGGAAGUCAUAUUGAGAUUUUUCAAAUGGGCCCUGGCCAAGAAAAGCACCAAAUUGUGUGAAACACAGAAAUUAGAAAUAGCAGGAGUCAUGAUUAAAAAAAGGUCUUGCGCCAGCAA